AUGGAAGAGAUCAACAAAGUCUGCUGCAUGUGUGGCGACGUCGGCUUCGCCGAUAAGCUCUUCCGAUGCUGCCGGUGCUUCUCUCGCGUCCAGCACUCGUACGCCUGCUCCCCCUUCUCUCUCCCCUCCCACCGUCGCCGUCGUUCCUUCUCUUGGUCAUCUACGCGAGCUUAUCCUCCCUCACUCUGUCUCUCUCAGGUACUGCAGCAGCUUCUACGAGGAGGGCUCGUCGGAGUGCGCGGAACUCUGCGACUGGUGCCGCAGCGAAGAGCGCAGCGCCGCGAGGCAUCAGAGCUCGAAGAAGCCGCCGGCGGGGAAGGAGAGGGACGCCACCCGCGGCAAGAGCCGGCUCCCCGCCCGCCCACCCGUCCGCAGGUACAAGCUGCUCAAGGACGUCAUCUGCUGA